UAUUCGUAAACAAACGUAGACUAAUCAAUCAAAGUUCGAGGAAAUCACGUAAAACUUAUCGCUCCGCAAAAAAACGUACAAUUUGGUAUAUUUGUGCAUCGAUGUUGGCCGCCCUGGCCUGGUGUUUUUAUUGUUUUGUAGAAAGAAAUGGCCAAAAAAACAUAUGAUUUGCUAUUUAAAUUGCUUUUAAUCGGCGAUUCUGGCGUGGGGAAAACGUGCAUACUCUUCCGGUUUUCCGAUGAUGCGUUCACGACGACUUUUAUAUCAACUAUAGGUAUAGAUUUUAAAAUAAAGACAGUCGAGCUAAGGGGGAAAAAGAUUAAGCUGCAAAUAUGGGACACAGCUGGACAGGAAAGGUUCCACACAAUUACAACUUCAUACUAUCGAGGUGCCAUGGGAAUAAUGCUAGUUUACGAUAUUACGAAUGAAAAAAGUUUUGAAAAUAUAGUGAAAUGGUUAAGGAACAUAGACGAGCAUGCCAAUGAAGACGUCGAAAAAAUGAUCCUUGGUAACAAAUGUGAUAUGUCUGAUAAGAGGACAGUGAGCAAAGAACGGGGAGAGACUAUCGCACGUGAGCAUGGCAUCAGAUUUAUGGAAACCUCAGCAAAAGCUAACAUAAACAUAGAUAAAGCUUUUAAUGACCUUGCAGAGGCCAUUUUAGAUAAAACGGCUGGCAGAGAGCCAGGUGAUCACGUGGAUAGGGUACUGGUAGAUAGAAAACAGCAGUCAAACACCUCCAGGUCUUGCUGUAAUAACUAGUUUUAAACAUUUGAACUUCUCAAUUAUGCAUAAAAACUGAUUUCAAAUAAAAUUCACUGAACAAGAUUUUUUACCGAUCAUUUUCAUUACAGAAGUCAGUUCAUUGUGCUGUUGUAUGUGUCAUAAACCAAAAAUCUGAGUGUAGCUGUAGUUGAGACAAUUCUACAAAGCAAUAUACUGCUGAAAGCUUCUGAUUUUUGGUUUCAUAUUUUCAAAAUCAUCCAACUGGAAUUACAGAGGCACAACUUUCAUUAUUUCAUAAAUGUGCUUUACUUAUUACAUGGUAAAUGUCGAAAUACAAAUUAUUUUUUAAUAUAUUUAAUAUAAGCCAAUUGCUUUAACAUUAUCCAGUGUGAUGUAGAAUAUAAAAUGUACUUUAAAACUGUUAAAUCAUUUCACGUUUUUACUUUGCUCACAUAGUCAUGAACAAUUUUAUUAAGUCUCAAGUUCAUGUUGUUAUUUUUGCUUUCAACACUAUAUUUGACAAUGGACAUUAAAUUUGAACAGAACGACCUAGAGGAAAACUACGUUAGUGUUAGACUAAGUUGACAAUUUAAGUUUCUAUUAGAAGAAUUAUUUAAGUUACAGUUCUCUCAAAUAUUAGCCAUUAAUUCUCUGGUCCUCCUGUACAUUAGUAUAUGUGUGUCUGUGCUUAUACCUUGAUUUAUCUAUGUGUUUAUUUGUUAGAAAGUUCAGUUAUUGUAGAAUUCGCAACGAUUUAUUUACGUGUAUAAAAAUAAGCUUUUGCAGAAAUAAACAUAAUAACUUGA